AGGUGGAAAUGGGGAUAGAGCAGAUUAGAUAAAUGGUAGUCACAAGAGCUCACACACACGUAACUAUUAAUCUGACUGACAAGUCCUCUGAUAAAUGAGUCCAAAUCCCAACUGAUAAAACUUCCCAAGGAUACUGACAGUUGCUACCUGUUUCCUCUUGCCCCCAACCUCGCAUUGGUGGUAGCGCGUCACCAGAAAUGGCGGAAGACAUUCGCGGCGGAGACGGUGGGUUUGUGAGGGCGGAUCAAAUAGAUCUGAAGAGCCUCGAUGAACAACUCCACCGCCAUCUCACCAGAGCUUUGACUUUAGAGAAGAAAAGACAGCUAGAAGAAGAGAUGAGGGAGAUUCCGGUGAGGCAUGAAUGGGAAAUCGACCCCUCCAAGCUUGUUAUCAAAUCCGUCAUAGCACGUGGUACUUUUGGAACCGUUCAUCGCGGCAUUUAUGAUGGACAAGAUGUUGCAGUAAAACUUCUUGACUGGGGAGAAGAAGGCCACAGGACACAGGCUGAAAUAGCUUCACUUAGAGCCGCUUUUGCCCAAGAAGUUUCUGUGUGGCACAAGCUUGAUCAUCCUAACGUAACCAAGUUCAUAGGAGCCACGAUGGGCGCAUCAGAGCUAAACAUACAGAAAGAUAAUGGUCAUUUCAGCAUGCCACGUAAUGUUUGUUGUGUUGUAGUUGAAUAUCUACCUGGAGGCGCCCUUAAAAAUUUCCUCAUAAAGAACCGAAGGAGGAAACUUGCUUUCAAAGUUGUUAUCCAACUAGCUUUGGAUCUUGCGCGAGGGUUAAGCUAUCUUCACUACAAAAAGAUUGUCCACAGGGAUGUGAAAACUGAGAAUAUGCUUCUCGACAAGAAUCGAACAGUAAAAAUAGCUGAUUUCGGGGUCGCACGUAUCGAGGCUUCAAAUCCUAAUGAAAUGACUGGCGAGACUGGAACCCUUGGUUACAUGGCACCUGAGGUCCUCAAUGGUAACCCUUACAAUAGGAAAUGUGAUGUAUACAGUUUUGGUAUUUGCUUAUGGGAGAUAUAUUGCUGUGACAUGCCGUAUCCAGACCUCAGUUUCUCAGAAUUGACUUCAGCUGUUGUUCGCCAGAAUCUGAGGCCAGAGAUACCUCGAUGUUGCCCAAACUCUCUUGCCAAUGUAAUGAAACGAUGCUGGGAUGCCAAUCCUGACAAGAGGCCGGAAAUGGAUGAGGUUGUUUCCAUGUUGGAAGCAAUUGACACAUCAAAGGGUGGGGGUAUGAUUCCCCUUGAUCAGUCUCAAGGUUGUUUCUGCUUCCGCAGGCAUCGAGGGCCUUGAGGAAUCAAAGUUUCAGAAGUUACAACUUCUGAAGUUCUAAAUAUUUUAAGUAGAAGUCGUAGUCAACCAGCAGAUAUGUGGUUUGAAGUUGACGUCUUUGAAGCUAUAUGCAUUUGAAGUGUUAGGCUGGUGGGCAUCAAAAUAUUAACGUGCUUGUGUCAUAACAUCGCUAGAAAAGGUAAGCAUAGUAGAUGUUGUUACCUUGUGGUUUGCGAGGAAUGUGAUCAUCUUGGUGAAUAUGGGGUUUGCCUCUGUCUAUCUAAUGGUCAA